AUGGAACCAUGUUUAUGUAUUGAGAGUAAUUCAUCAAAUGAUCAAACAGUACUCUAUCCAACUCUAACAGAAACGAUUCCAAUUCGUCAAAAAUCAAUUGUAUGUGAACAUAUUGAAAAUUCAUUCUUAGAUUUGCGUUCUAUUUUUAUUAAACUUAGUAUUAUAUUAACAACAAAUAAACAAUCGGAUAAUCUUACGAAAUUUAAUGACUUUCUUUUACAUAAUACACAGAUUAAUCAUCUAUCAGAAAAUGUUUUUGGAAACAUUACUUUUUCGAACAUUAUAUUAUAUCAUAAUCCAUUAUUAAAUUCAAUUGAUGUUAAUGCAUUUAAUAAUACAGAAAAUUACGUUGAAGUAUUUAGAACUUUAAAUACAAGUUUAUCAGACAGUCACAACUUAUUUACUAUAAUAAAAAAAUUUCAUAAUUUAAAAUUUUUUAGUAUGGAAAAUGAUAAACUGCAAUCCAUUCCAGAUUAUGCAUUCAAUCAUACUGAACUUCGAUAUAUAUGGCUAGGUGUUGAUUUUAGACAAACAUUACAACCACUUGAUCAUAUUGGUAAAUAUCCAUUUUAUAAUGUACCAAAUUUAACAUCAUUACGAAUUUUUUCGCCUUUACUAACAAAAACUGGUAAAUAUUCAUUGGCUAUAAGUAGACGAUCAACAUUAAUUGUUGAUGAUUUGAGUCAUAUGUUAUAUAUUGAUAUUGGUGGUUCGAUGCUAAAUGCUUCCAGUUUCGAACCAACGUCCCUUACUCGUUUUCGUAAUCGGCCAGUUUUUUUACGUCUCUACAAUACAAGCAUUGAUUAUUUGGAUGAAAAAAUAUUUCAACCUUUUCUUGAAACACAUCCAUCAUCAUUAUUAGGUGUUCAAGAUUCAAAUAUAAGUCGAACAUGUGACUAUAGAUCGUUAUGGAUUAAAGAUGAAUAUUGUACAAAUAUCAAUUGGCGUGAAAAUCGAGUAUAUGGAACUACAUGUUGUUCGUUGUAA